AACACCAUAUCCUCGCUCUCUCUGCCCACACUGCCCGCUCCCGGCAACCUACCACUGCACACAACACAGCACAGCACAGCACAGAGAGUGGAGAAGAGAGCGCUCGCACAGAGACAGCAUGCCGCUCUAGCUAGCUUACAGCAGUCUGGGCGUACCCCCACCGUACCCGCGCAAAGAGAAUGGCGACUGUGGUGGCGGCCGUUGAGGCCGGGGUGGUGGCGGUGGCGAGCGGGCGGAGCAGCAAGCUGGUCCGGAGCCUGUACUGGCGCCUGCGCGCGGGGAUCCGGCGGCUGCAGUCGGAGCGGCGCAGGUGGCGCGGCGGCGGCGGCAGACGGGAGCGCUUCAACUUCCACUACGACGCGCUCAGCUACGCCCUCAACUUCGACGACGGCCGCCGCGCCGCCGACCUCGUCCUAGCAUGAAGCAGAUGCCGCGCUCGCUAGGUGCUCGAUUGUGUUGUGGGCCUUGAGGCUGGGCUGCGUAUGGAAGCUGGUGGCUUUUAGGGGUCGGGGUUCUUCCGUCUGUGUGCUUCUUUAAUUAGUGCUUUAGUUAGUUUAGGAGCUGCAAUGUUUCGGGGUGAACCGGAAGAGCAAUCUCUCUAGUCUACGAGCUCUGCGCUACGCUCUGUUGCGACUGAACGCCAUGAUUUGCAGGGGUGAGAUUCUUUCUUCGCAUUCGGUGAUUGCUCAUCUGCAGCGGAAUUCGAAUGGCAUGAAAAGUACGCGCAACUUUGUAUGUAGGUGUCACUAGAUAGUUGAAGGCUCCUCCUGAUUAAUGACAUGAGCUCAUGGAGCAGUUAUGUUGGCGUGCUA